UCUCUCCCGCCCCCCUCGCCCGCACUGAGUGGGCUGUUCCGAAGCCGUUUGGGAGGAUCCACGGAAGGGAAAGCGGGGUGUCGAAGGACCCAAAAGGGAAGAGGCGUAGCCGCCGCCGCCACCCCCGUGGGCGCCCAGAUGGUGCGGCCCGCAGGCGGCGCUUGCGGCGAGGCGGGCGAGACCAAGUGAAGAGUGCGGGGGGGGGGGGGGAAGGAGGCGCCGAGGAGUGAGGGAAGCCAAGAUGGCGGCGGCUGCGGGGCCCGAGUCUGGGGGGAGCAGCAGCAGCAGCGGCGGCGGCCUGGCAGGGGCACCGGGAGCAAAUUCUUUGAAAAAGUCACUUGAGAUGGCAGGAUCUUCCGGGCACUCUUCGCAGACCAUCAAGAAAGGGCACAGGGGCGUGGACUCCACGGGCGAAACCACCUACAAAAAGACAACCUCGUCCGCCCUCAAAGGCGCCAUCCAGCUUGGGAUCACCCACACGGUGGGCAGCCUCAGCACCAAGCCGGAGCGCGAUGUCCUCAUGCAGGACUUCUACGUAGUGGAGAGCAUCUUCUUCCCCAGCGAAGGCAGCAACCUCACGCCAGCCCAUCACUACAACGACUUCCGCUUCAAGACCUACGCCCCCGUCGCCUUCCGCUAUUUUCGCGAGCUCUUCGGCAUCCGGCCGGAUGACUACUUGUGCUCCCUGUGCAGCGAACCCCUCAUUGAGCUCUCCAACUCCGGGGCCAGCGGCUCCAUCUUCUAUGUCUCCAGCGACGACGAGUUCAUUAUCAAAACCGUUCAGCACAAAGAAGCCGAGUUCUUGCAGAAGCUGUUGCCGGGAUAUUAUAUGAACUUGAACCAGAACCCUCGGACGCUGCUGCCCAAGUUCUACGGGCUGUACUGUGUGCAGGCGGGAGGGAAGAACAUCCGGAUCGUGGUGAUGAACAACCUCCUGCCCCGCUCCGUCCGGAUGCACCAGAAGUACGACCUGAAAGGCUCCACCUACAAGCGGCGGGCCUCCCAGAAGGAGCGCGAGAAGGUCUUCCCCACCUACAAGGACCUGGACUUCAUGCAAGACGUGCAGGACGGCCUCUUCCUGGACGCAGACAUGUACAGCGCCCUGUGCAAGACGCUGCAGAGGGACUGCUUGGUUUUGCAGAGUUUCAAAAUCAUGGACUACAGUUUACUCGUGGCCGUCCACAACCUCGAUCAAGCUCAGCGAGAGCGGGCGGUCGUGGACGGGUCCUCCCAGGCGGACACACGGCGGCCGGCGGCACAGAAGGCUCUGUACUCCACGGCCAUGGAAUCAAUCCAAGGGGAGGCGCGAAGAGGCGGCACCGUCGAGACUGAUGACCAAAUGGGAGGGAUCCCGUCUCGAAACUCCAAGGGAGAAAGGCUGCUCUUGUACAUUGGAAUCAUAGACGUAUUGCAAUCCUACAGGUUUAUGAAGAAGCUGGAACAUUCCUGGAAAGCUCUUGUUCACGACGGGGAUACGGUGUCGGUUCACAGGCCCAGUUUCUACGCCGAACGGUUCCAGCGGUUCAUGUGUAACGUGGUGUUCAAGAAAAUCCCCUGUAAGUUCUCUCCUUGA